AUGGACGACAUGAUGCACCGCCAACUCCAAGCACCAGCCUGCCAAAGCCACAGCAGCAGCAGCUUCCUCGGCGUCUCCUGCCUCUUCUUCUUCUUCUUCUUCUUCUUCUUCUUCUUCUUAGCAGCCAUCUACUGCAUCGUGAUCACCACCACCUCUAAUAAUAAUAACAAUAGGCUCAUCAGACAACUCCUCAGAUUCAAAGGGUUCAAAGGGAGGAGGAAGAAUGAUCAUGAUCGUCGGGACUACGACGAGAAUAAUGCAGAUGCACCACCGGGAAGGGGGUGGUGGUGGUCCGUGGUGGAGACGCUGGCGUUCGUGUCCGCCAACAGCAGCGGCAGGGGCUUCUACCACUUCGUGGAGGCGCGCCACCGCAGGUACGGUCCCCCCUGCUUCCGCACCGCGCUCUUCGGCGCCACCCACGUCUUCGUCUCCUCGCCCGACGCCGCCAGGUCGCUCCUGGCCGCCGACCACGCCGCCGGCUUCUCCAAGCGCUACGUGCGCACCGUCGCGGACCUCCUCGGCGAGCACAGCCUGCUGUGCGCCUCCCACGCCGCGCACCGUGCCCUGCGCCGCGCCGUCGCGCCCCUCUUCAACGCGCAGGCCACGGCGUCCCUGGCCGCCAACUUCGACGCCCUCACGCGGAGGCUCAUCAAGCGCAACUGGACCACCUCCAGCACCGUGGUCGUGCUCGACGCCGCGCUCGACAUAACUUUCGAGGCCAUCUGCGACAUGCUCAUCGGGAGGACGACGCUGCAGCCCGACGUCAAGAGGCGGCUGCAGAGCGAUGUGCUGGCCGUGACGCGGGCCAUGCUGGCGUUCCCGCUCAGGCUGCCGGGCACCAGGUUCCACGCGGGCCUCCGGGCGAGGAAAAGGAUCAUGGACGUGCUGAGGCAAGAGAUAGCCUCCAGGCAGAGACGGAUCACGGACGACAUGGAGGAGGACGACGACGACGACGAUCACCAUCAUCAUCACAGCAAGCACGACAACGACUUUCUGCAGAGCCUUCUUCUUCUCAGGAGGAGGAGGAGCCAGCAGCAGCAGCUCCUGCAACUGCAACAACAGUCACCAUCGAAUUCGAACGAGGACCUCUUCCUCACUGACGACCAGAUUAUUCUCGAUAACAUCUUGACGCUCAUCAUUGCAGGCCAGGUUACGACAGCAAGCGCAAUUACAUGGAUGGUCAAGUACCUGGCUGACAGCAAAGACUUCCAAGAAACCUUAAGGUCGGUUCAGCUGGAGCUGGCACUGAAGCACAAGGCAGAUAGGGAUGCGGAUGCGGAUGCCCCCCUCACGCUCCAACAUCUCAACAGCAUGGAGCUUGCAUACAUGACGGUGAAAGAAUCAUUGAGGAUGGCGAGCAUAGUUUCCUGGUUUCCAAGGGUAGCACUCGAGGACUGCCAGGUUGCAGGGUUUCACAUCAACAAGGGGUGGAUUGUGAACAUUGAUGCGAGGGCACUACACUAUGAUGCAACGCUUUACGACAACCCCACCAUGUUUGAUCCUUCAAGAUUCCAGGGGGAGGAUAUGUAUACGAAGCAGCAAGCUCCGUACAGCUUCCUGGUGUUCGGAGCAGGCGGGAGAACCUGCCUGGGGAUGAACCUCGCCAAAAUCAUGAUGCUCAUUUUUUUGCACCACCUUGUUACAAAUUGGAGAUGGGAGAUGGCCGACGAGGACCCAAGCCUUGAGAAUUGGGCAAUGUUUCCCAGGCUCAAGAGCGGAUGCCCCAUUCACCUCACACCCAUAUCAGAUCGGCCGGAUCAGCCAAUGCAUGCAACAAGAAGCUAG